UGUUGUAUCGUGGCUAUGUCGUAUUACGCACAAUUUUCUAACGAUUAGAUUAUUCCAAUCAGUCGGCAAAUCGUUCAAUGAUCCUUAGAACUUCGAUUCACUGCGUCUAGCACGUCUAAUUGAUAUUGCCGUCAUACGACUACAUCCGUAGUACGCUAUUUCGUUCUAUUUGUAAACACAUCAUUUGACAAUCGCGCGUAAACAAAGAAAAUGGUGCUUGUUAUGAAUAUUUUGUUGCUUAUUAUGUAAUUGUUUACAACUAUUUCCUGAUUGUUGAAGCUCUUGCUGUUGGGUUACCAAUUCAUAGGCUGAUGAUUAAUCACAAAUGGACAGUGAAUUAAAAUAUUUUAUUUAUCAUAUGUAAAUUUGAUGAAAAUGAGUUAAUUGUGGAAUGCAUUUUUCUCAAUCUGUGUCAAUAAUACAAUCUCAAGUGGGCAUUAUACGGGGAGUGCAAGUACUUUAUAGUGAUAGUAAUCCUUUAGAUGUAGAUUUAGUAAUAAACUUACCUCAUGAUGGCGUUCGGCUUAUAUUUGAUCCUGUGGUGCAAAGGCUCAAAAUAAUUGAAAUUUAUAAUAUGAAACUAGUUAAACUUAAAUACUGUGGCUUACCGUUCAAUUCGCCAGAAGUUUUGCCAUCUAUCGAACAGAUCGAACAUUCGUUUGGAGCAACUCACCCUGGUGUUUAUGACAGCGAUAAACAAGUAUUUGUAUUGAACUUUAGGGGACUAUCAUUUUACUUCCCUAUUGAUUCAAAGUUCCAACCUGGAUAUGCUCAUGGAUUAGGGUCAUUGCAAUUUCCAAAUGGAACUUCUCCUCUUGUAGCAAAAACAGCUAUUUAUGUUGGUAACAUGGGUGCUGGAAUGGGAACUGAUGAACAUAACUUAAAAACACCACCACCACCACCUCUGCCACUUGUUUGCUAUCAUAACAAUCUGUACCUGGAAAAGGCAGAUGUUAUGAGAGAUAAAAUACGUACCCGGGGUCUUAGAUUGCAUCUCUUCACGGAAGGUAGCUCUGUAACAAGGGUAUUAUUGGAACCAAAGAAACGCUGCUUAACAAAAGAGGUGUUAUUUGGUGAUACAUGUGAAGAUGUGCUGAGUGCUUUAGGAGCACCAUCUCGAGUGUUCUUCAAAGCUGAGGACAAGAUGCGCAUUCAUAGUCCUCACGCGCACAAACGCGAUAAAAUAAGACGGUCGGAUUUCUUUUACAACUAUUUUACUUUAGGACUGGAUGUUUUAUUCGAUGCCAAAACACAGUGUGUUAAAAAGUUUGUAUUACACACAAAUUAUCCAGGGCAUUAUAAUUUUAAUAUGUAUCAUCGUUGCGAGUUCUCUUUAACCUUGCCCCCUGAAAAUAAUUCCACCGAAUCGGGAAAACUCAUAGACGUUUCCCCUUCUCCAGUUACGAUCACUGCCUACACUAAAUGGGAUAGAAUAAGUGAGCAAUUGAAGGCGAGCGCCCGGCCAGUGGUGUUGAAUCGUGCAUCCUCGACAAACACAACAAAUCCAUUCGGAUGUACAUUUUGUUACGGUAUACGCGACGCGAUCGUCGAGGUCAUGGCGAAUCAACAUAUUGCAAGUGUAACUCUAUAUAGAGCGGUGUGACAUCGAUAAUUUACACGAUAUGGUGCAUUAUAAAACGCUCUUUAAAGAGCAAACAAAAGAAUGACGUUGGAAAGAUGGAAACACACGAUCACAAAUAGAAAAAAAAAAAACAGAAAAAAAAUACAGACAAGUUUGAACGUCACAGUAAUUGCAUAAUAACAUCUACUUAAAAAAGACUGUAUAAUCGAAGGGGAAAACCGAGAGUGAUGCGUGUCAAACACUGACGCUGUUUUUUUUCUAACACUAAUGUAACACUGAAACUCAAAAAGGAUGUUAGAUAAAAUCAUCUUCGAUUUAAAGAAGAUGCGACGCAGUGCGAAGCUCAGAAUCCAAACGAUAUCAUUUUGAAUAUCACACACUGUUGCUUGUAACGUUUUACAAAUUUCCUUGACUAUCAGGGAAACAAAUAAGUAAAAAGCGUAAAAAAAACAUGAAAAAAAGCAAAAAGACGAUCAACUAAGGGGUACAAGUGUCUGCAAUAUUCAAUAAUAUCAUAUUUAAUAUACUGUUUUUAUCUUUGGUUAUAAGUUUUAAAUAUAGUUAAAGAAAAUGACAAAAAAAUAUGAACGCAGUCUUACGCGAGCGAUCAAUAUUGUAAUAUCUGAGCUCGAUUAACGAUAAAAUGAAAAGAAUAAAAAAAGGAAUAGUAGUUCAAGAGGAUAAUAAGAAUUUUGAUAGUUGUGGAUAAACCUACGAUGAUUGUAACGGUUAAUAAUCAUAAAAUAUAAUAAUGUGCUUAGUGCAAGUAAAGGGUUAAAUUUUCGUAAAUGAACAUUUUGUAACGCGUGUUUAGGGUAAUGAAAAAAAAAAGCGGAUGACGAUGCAAAAACGUUUGAAUAUAGAGAUCACGGAUGCAUUAUGCAACGUAAAAAACGUGGAUCAUAGUAAUUCUAGAUAAACUUCACGUUCGUUUCUCAGCAACAUAGUAAAUGAAUUGUAUCCUAAAAAAGGGGAUUAACAAAACGAUAAACGUUUAUCGAGUUAUAAGAGGUGCGUGUAUUAGUUCAGGAGGAGUUCUACUCAUGGCCUGUUUUUUACACACCUGUUUAUCAAACUCUAAUCAUUGUGAUACGCGAGAUUUCGAUGCCAGACUAUUAUUACCAAUUACUUUUUUGCAUUAACACAAAAAAAAGAAGAAGGUAUAACAUUUAGUUAAUAAUUACUUUCUUAUAUUUUUGUGCUAUUAGAUGAUAAUUGCGGGCUGUAGUUUAUUAUUUAGGACAGACCACUAGGGGAUAUGAUAUAUCAAUGGAGAACUUAUUUAGAGGAAUUUGUCAGUAAAAUGGUUGGAUUUAUUGAUCUCCAGUUUUCAGAGAAAUUUAAACCUCUACACUUUUCAUUGAUGGAUUCAAAAAUGAUAAACUUUCUAUUGAUACAUCUUAUUUGCAUGGUAAUCGUCUUAAAUGCAAAACUUCUGCCACUUAUAAUUAUGCUCGCAGAAUCUGAUUUGUCUUGAAUGUUUUAGUCAUAAAUGAUUGAAUCUGCCACCAUAAAUCUGCUGCAAGGCAGGUAAUCACAAUACCUCACGGAAAGUUCUCUUUUCUUUUUCUCUUUUUACUACAAAUUCGAAUGAAUUUCACUUCGAUGUUACAUAGCACAAUCGCAUACCCUAUCUUGAACUGUUCCCAUUAAUUAUAGGGUAUAAAAUACAUAUGUUUUAUGUAUUAUAUAAACUUCGAUAGUUAAUAAUCUACAGCAAUUGUAAGAACUAUAACGAGUAAUAAUCGUGAAAUGUAAAAUAAUGAAUGACCAUUCGAUGGAACGUGGAAUAUAAAGUGAUGAUUACUUUGAUUAACACUUUUUACAGCACAGGUUUAUGGUAAACUUUCCUUCUUGUAUAUUUAACUAGGUACAAAUUUGUGGUUCAUGUUUUAUCGAAGAAGAAAAAAGAACGUAAUAAGUCCUCGUCAAUUUUUCUAUUUUACUUCCUUCCUUGAACGACGAGUUCAUGUUCGCUUGAAGGUCGAAAUUUCAAUGCCAAAUGAUAUUGCAUCAAGGCUCGCUCUUGGCGAACAAAAACAAAACGAGAUUAAACAAAAGUGUUAAUCGACGCAUAAUUGUACAAAACUUGAGAGACGCAGGUGCUCGUGCAAUUGAAACAUUGUGCCUGCCUUUAUUUCUCAAAAUCCUGUUUUGCUGGAAUACCUCCUAUUUGUCGACGCUACGUCAAAAUGUUCUGCGUGGAAAUUACUUUUUCAAUAAAUAUAUGGAGUAUAUAA